AUGUCAACCUUCAAUCAUCUCUAUGAUCACCAAGAGCAAAUAUGUUAUGUGAAAUGUGGUUAUUGCACUACCAUUUUACUGGUUAGUGUUCCAUGCAACAGCUUAUCCAUGGAGAUGACAGUCAAAUGUGAACAUUGCACCACCCUUUUACUGGUGCAGCCACCAAAACAAGAAGUUUUUUCUCAAGAACUGGACAACGAUGAGAAAGCAAUAAAAAUGCACAGUCCAUCACUUGGUUUCUCGUCCGAAGAGGAAGAGGAGAAUAUUUCGACCCCGAUUAAUCAAGUUAUCAAUAAACCCCCUGAGAAGAGACAGCGAGCCCCGUCAGCUUAUAAUUGUUUCAUCAAAGAAGAAAUCAGAAGACUCAAGGAUGCAUAUCCUGGCAUGACUCACAAGCAAGCUUUUAGUACUGCUGCUAAAAAUUGGGCACAUUUCCCACAAAGCCAAAAAAAUGGAGGAGAUGGCUAUGGAGAAGGGGAGAGAAAGAUGGCUAGGUGGCCUCAGAAGGCAACAGUUUUCUUGGUGCAAAAACACCCUUUUAUUGAAGAGAGUGAUGUCUCUUCUUCAGAGCAUUAUAUUAGGGUUUAA